AUGAGCUGGGAGCCGACAUCCAAUUCUAACGCGGCAGGACUCUCCAGAGUACCGAGUUUCCAACGGAGGAGCUCAUCGCGGAAGGGCUCCAGCGGCAGCCGCAAGACGCAAACGCCAUCAAUCAGCCCGAUAGACCAUUCAUUGACGCCGCCGAGUCUGCUUGAGGCCACCCUCAAUCUACCAGCAGACUUCGUCAGCGACCGGGGCUCAUCCAUCGGAAAUAGGAGGUCCUCUAUCGCCGCCUCGAGCCCCGACCCGUUUCCCUACUUUGUCAAGUUCUCAACCGAGCCCGUGGAACCGGUUCAUUUGAGCAAGUGGAUCACAGAUCUCGAGCUGAUGCACCACUACUCCACGGCUACCAGUCUCACGAUGCCCAGGUCAUCGGACGUGAGCAGCAUCUGGCAGUUUGAAGUACCAAAGCUCGGUCUGACGUACAUGUUCCUAAUGCACGAGAUCCUCGCCAUUGGUGCUUUACAUCUGGGUUAUCUGCACCCGGAGCAGCGCGAGUCUUAUGCUUUGCAUGCCUCACAACAUCAGAGUGAUGCGAUAGCCGGCAUGCGGGAGUCACUCAUGAACAUCACGACAGAAAACUGCCACGCUCUGUUCGCGGCGUCGUCAUUACUGCUGCUCAACGCAUACUCUACCUUCCCGUAUCAAAGGGGAGCGCCUCAUUCACAAGAGGCGCCGACAGUCGACGAUGUACUAGAUGUGUUCUUACUCGUUAGAGGAAUGAGCCACAUCCUAUCAUCAUUCCAGCCCUCAAUUCAGACCGGGCCAUUUAGGAACUUCUUCACAGAGGUGGUCACUCCCGCCUCGACGCCUUUGUUAGAGGCAGUCACACAGCAUCUCGAGAACCUCCAAAUAAGUUUAAAGACAUCCAGCGCCGAUGAACCAACCAAAGCCAUCGUCAGCAAGGAGAUUGACGUCUUUCUCGGAUGGAUCAUGCACGCCGUCGAAACAACGGCGUUCCCAGAGCUGCGGGUGGCCUUGACAUGGCCUAUUAACCUCACAGAAGAGUACCUACAGCUGCUGCGGAACCGCGACCCUGCAGCUCUAACUCUGCUGGCUUACUACUCAGUCGUUGUACGCUCAACGGAAGCUACCACGUGGUUCAUGCAGGGAUGGGGCAUCAACUCGGCGCGGGCAAUAGUAUCAGACUUGGAUCCAGAGUGGAAAGAAAUGGUCAAAUGGCCUUUGGCAUUCAUAAGCGACAGGAGUAUACAACUUUAG